CAGGUUUCUAACUCGACAUGAAUGAAAAAGAGCUGGCGGAUUCUGUUUUUGGAGGUCUCAUGGCUAAGGCCAUGGGAAAGAUGGUACAUGAGAGCGAAAUCUGCCCUCUUGUCGACCAAAUCGAAGGAAAAGGUCAAACAAACGAAGAACUGCAAGGAUUGAGAUUGAGUCUCAGUGAUUUGCUCUUACGUCAUCCCGAUAAGUUCAUAAAUUGUGGAAAUAGAAAUUGGAGACUUAAUCAAAACAAUCAUGCUUUCCAACAGUUAGCCGAAUCGAUUAGUGAUAAGAAAUCGGGAAAAGGUGGAAAACGUUCGGCGAGAGGUGGAUCAAAUCUUCCAAGUUUCAAUCGAGCACGUAGUGGUGGAAUUCCAAGAAAUCACAAUCAAACGCAUGGAUUUAGACAAAGUGCACCGGCUCACCGUGGUCAUCAUCGUCCACCAGCAGGCAAUCAUGGAUCAUCAUUCCGUCCAAAUCUGAAUAUUUCACAACCUAAUCCAUCAAAUGAUUAUUCGAAAAUGACAGGCCUUCAUUAUCCUGUUUCCAGAAACGUGCUGGCGUCGAACAACGGCUCGAAUAGCAGAUUCUCAAACCAACCACCUCGACGAGAAGAUCAUCAUGAGAAGAUGAUCAUGAGGACACCAUAUAGAGACCCUUCUCCACGACGCGGAAACAAUUAUGGAGACAUAAGAGGACGUCCAGACUCUCGUGAUGGAUAUAAUGGUGAUAGAGAUUCGACUCGUUACUCUUCGCCACGCCGCAAUGAGCAACCAGGAAGACCGUCUUCUCGUGGAUCGAAUAUUUCCGAUUACUCACAAUUCUCCAGUGACACAAAUGCAGAAUCAAAUACAGAACGACGUUCUCGUCCAGAUGCUUCAUCACCUGAUCUUGCUGAUCUUGCUCGGAGAUUCAAUUCGUCGUCUAUCAAUGUACAACCACAACCAUUGGAAUCAGUAGCCUCUAGUGAUGUUUUAUCAAAGAAGAUUGCAAAGGCCGUUCGGAAGAUCAUGAAAAAACUAAACGAAGGCGAAAAAUUGUCACUGGAAAAUUUAUUCGACGAAAUAGAAAGGAAGAACAAAAUUUUAAUACCUGGAAAGAACGGUAAGGAGAAGGAAGACUUCUUGAAGGAUCUCAAGAAAAUAAUGCCUAAAUUGCUUUCCGCUUUGACUAUUGACACUGAAACCGGCGACCUGACUUGGAACGAGGCAGCAGUUACCACAGAUUCACCAAUUCAUGAAUAUAUGGAAGAUGACCUUCAUUAUUAUGUUGUUGAUUACGUCAAAAUGUUGGAUAAGGCUCGAUUUAGAGUCACUGAUGAAGCUGAAAGAUUGUCGAAUGCUACUGGAGUCAGAAUGGAACGUACUUGUGAAAAACUGACAUAUGUAUUAUUCAUCACAUUCGAAGGAGAAUAUCGUUAUGCGUCGGGGAGUAAGACUGAAGUGCUCAAGAUUUCAAAAAUCACAACUGUCGGCGAUGCACCUGAAUUCUAUCAAACUUCUUUUGAACAUAAAAUCUUUGAAAAUGUACCGGCAAAUGCACUUGUCAAGUGUGGAAUUGUUCGAUAUCAAAAUGUUCAAAAGUUUGCAGUCCGUCCUGAGGAGUAUAUAAAACCAUAUGAAAAGAUGAAUCAAGAGAUUCAAGACUUCAUGUCUCAAAUUCGAAAUGAAAAGAGCGUGCCAUUUGAAAUGUGGAGACCAAAUCAUGCGUGUUUAGUACAAUUGAAUGAUUCAACAACUAUUCUCAAAUGGAGUCGUGCCAUGAUCAUAAAAAUAGAGACGCAGCUCAUUUUUCUGUUCAUUCUGGACAGUGGAUUCCGAAAAGUUGUACCAAGUUCCGAUUUGAGAUUAAUGCCGCAAAAGUUUGCAAAACUACCACCAUUUGCAAUUCCUUGCACUCUCGAUGAAUCAGAGGAUGACAAGGAUAAUAUUGAAUUUGGUGGAAAGGAAUAUUUAUCCAAUGGUCCUGGAAAUCUCAGUGUUACUUGCAGCGGAGCCGCAACAGCCUCUGACGGGAUCCUCACAUAUCCAAUAAAGUUAUUCUCUACAUGCCACGGUGGACCCUUGACGAAUAUCAAAGACGUCUUUAUCUGAACUUCAAAUCAUGUUUCUAUCUAAAUGUUGUCGUAGAAACGGACCGAAACACUCAUUUCACAAAUUUCUUUACUUUUUUGCCGAAACGAUGUUUCAAGACUUCGAGAUUUUUUUUGUUUUAUGCCCGUUUUCUACUGUUGUGGUGUUAUGUACGAUCAUCUAUGAUUCCUGUCAAAAAUGCAGAAUUCCCCCAUUUUUUCCCAACUAACGUUUUUCUAUUUGUUUUGAUCCCAUACUUUUCCUUAUAGUAGUUUGGAAUGUAUAUCCGAAUUUCAGAAAUUCCGUCUAAAAGCUGCAACGUUUCUGCCCAUCGCUCAACUUGCUUUCUGUUCACCCUUUCACUCUCAAAGGACAUUUCGAAACUCCAUACCGUUAUUCCUUUUCUUAACCCCCUUCUCACACAAAUGCUGAGCCCAUUGUUCUGACCGUUUUUUCUUCAAUUCUUGGAAGUAUAAACUUUUUGAGUAUUU